UCGAGUAUUUCUUGGAUAAGGAUUGUUUAAUUAACCCUUGAAUUUUUGUCCUUUUUUAUUUAGCUUCUGCGAAAAUUUGGUUCUGCUAAAGAUGUAGUCGCUCAGAGCAAAGAUUUUCUAACAUCACAAGUUGUGAUAUCUAUUUUUAUUUCUUUUAUUUUUAGUUUUUCCAUGUAGAUGUUUUUUUGUAAAUUGAUUUAAAGCAAAGUAAUCAUGGUGGAAAAUUCAGUCACCAUAAUUUAAUUUCAGUUGUUGAGUAUCUGAAUUUCUUUUCAAGUUUUUCUGGAAAUGUAUAAUUUAUUACAUGCGAAAUCUGCUGUACAGCGGUCAAUGCAUCUCAUUGAAUCUCGUCAAAUCUCGUUGAAUCUUAUGGUAUCUAGUUGAUUUUGGAUUCACAAUCUCUGAUAUGGCCAUGGAAAAUUGUCAACAAAUGCGUUCGAAAAUAACUACUGAAAAGGAACAAAUUCAUCACAAGUAUAGAAUACUUCAAGAGCUUCAUGUGUUUUGUGCAAGAUAAGUGAAUGUCCGAUAUAAAAAAAAGUGUAGGAGGCCUCCCACUUAUAAAAAGCAAAAUCCUUGUGGUCAGACACGGAAGUACAACUGCCAAUUCUAAAAGUGGACUUUACCAAGAUGGAGGAGCUGUUCUGCCAGAAACAGCCGACAAAAUCAGCUGAUGCCUCCAAGAAUCAGCUGGCAGAGAAGAAGGUGCAGAAAGUGAACCUGUUGGACAGCCAGCGCAGUUUCCUGGUCAACAUAUUUCUCAAGCAAUUUAAGGCAGAUGUUGCGUUUGUCCUGGACUCGAUUAAAAAUGGCGCCGGUCUACCCGUCGAGAACCUGAAAUCGUUGAUGAAACUCAUGCCCGAAAAGAAAGAGAUUGCUGAAAUACGCGGUUAUGCCAGCAGCAAAAACCUUGGGGAAGCUGAGAGCUUCUACCUGCAUCUGUCUGACAUCGCCGACUACGAGCUGAGAGUGCAGGCAAUGCUCUACAAAGCAGAAUUCCAUGAACGAUACACUGACGCAUCUGAGCAUUUGGAGAAAGUGAUUGAAACCUGCGAGUUCCUCAUCAAUGAUUGCAGUCUCAAGCAGUUCUUGUUGCUCAUCCUGCAACUUGGAAAUAAACUGAAUGCUGGAACUUAUGCUGGUAACGCAGAUGCGAUCAAGAUCAGCUCUCUGGCAAUGCUGGCUGAGACGAGUGCCAAUAAGCCAAAGAUCUCAUUUCUGCACUAUGUGGUUGAUGUGGCUGCAUCCAAUGAUGCCAGUAUGCUAGCAUUCAGAAGCAAGGUUGCCGAUUUCCAGAGAAUGUCAAAGACACCGUUUGCAGCCCUUGAAGAGGAAGUAAAUUCAUUGGUGGAGGGAGUUGAAGACAUCAGCAAAAGAAUCAAAUCGAGCAAAGUGUCUUCUCAAUUCGGUGAUUUCUUCCACAAUGCGAAACAACAGGUGGAUUGUCUUGUCAAGAAAUUGAAGAAAAUUCGAGAGGUGAAAUCUCAACUGGCAGUUCACUUGUGUGAGGAGCCUGCUGCUUUCCAGCUGAAUGACUGCUAUCAGCUAUUUGCUGACUUCUUCACAAAAGUCAACAAAGCUUUUCAAGAAAACGAUCAGAUGAAGAAAUCUGAGGAAAAAGCUGCAAGAUUGAAAGCUGAAAAGUCGACCAAGAACAAGAUUGUAAAAGCGAAGAGAAGAAUAUUAGACAGGGAAGUCGAACAGCUCAUCAACGAAGCGAAAAAUGGGGCAUACUAGAUGGAGUAACUACUGGAUCUAGGUGCUAGAUGUAAUAGCAUCAAUGGUUCAACACACUAAGAAGUCACCAAGUUAGCUAAUUCUUCAAUGACAAUAGACAAUGGAUUGUCUUGCUCUGAUGAGUUGAUAUGUAAAUACUGUAGUUGGUUAUUGAAUUUCUAAUGUCUAGUCUAGAGUCUCAUAUUCUUUCAGCUUUUAGAUACUAACAACGAAGUUUGUCUUUAAUUUGAUUUAAUUCACUAAUCUUUUUAGAAAAGUCACAACGUUAUUCAUGCCUAGGUAUUGAAAAAUGACGAUAGACAAUUCAUUGUCUUAUUCUGAUUAUGUAUCUGUAAAUAUCUGUGUAUCUAUUGAUUGUGAGGUUUUAAAUUUCAAUAGUUGAUUUUAUAUUAGUUGUUGAGUACAAACACAAUCGAUAUUGCUUCAAUAUGAUUCAGAUCACAAGUUCUAUAAAGCAGUAACAUUUCCAAGUGGUUUCUAAAAACGACCAUAGACAUUAAUAGCUGAUUAUCUGAUAAUGAUUUCGAAUGUAUAUUAUAUUACAUGUCUAGAGUUUUAAUAAUUCAUUUGAAGAAAGUAUAGAGAUAGAUGUAGUUUUAUAUUUAUAUUUCAUAAAAGCUAUUUCAAAUUCGGCAAUGCUUUAAAGGACAAGAUGCAAUAAAUUUGCUUAGUAUUUUUCUUUGUCUGUAGGUAGCUGUUGAGACAUAUAGGCUUUCAAAAUUAUUUCAUAUUAUAUUCAGAUUUUAGUACUUUGUCUGUUGACCUAGGAUAAUGUCGAAGUAUUAAUUAUUAGUAUUAAUCUCAUCUCAGUCUGAAAAAGAAUCAAAGUACCGUAACUCAUUUAAGUCUGAAAAAACUUAAGAGUAACUCAUGAGUCUGAGAACAUAUAAAAGUAACUUGAAAGUCUGAUUGUAAAGUUUUCUUUUAAAAACUUUCUAAAAAUGCAUGUAGUCUGUAAAAUUAACAUUGUUUAGUAUAGAAGUCACUUUGAUAUUGAUAAAGUUUUAUAGUCAAUUUAUAUAAUAUAAGAGUAUAUUUAAAAUGAUAAAAGUUAUAACUACCAAUAUUAGAAAUAUAGAAACUUGACCAGUAAUAUCACAAUAGCUUAUAAUUAAUAAUAGAAAAUGUUGUGUUGUCGGCUAAAUUUUCAAAAAUAUUUGAUGUAACACAGAAGAAGAUUUUUAAUUACUUAUGUAGGACAAUUUUCAAUUUUGGAACAGAUUGAAAAUGGGAAUUAUUAAAUUAUUAUUCUGUGAUAAUGGAUCUCAGGGAAUUAUUAAGUCAAAUCUAAUUAUAUUUCUAAAUGAUGCUUGAACUAAAUACAUAGUAAUAAAUUAUUCCAGAAUAUAAAAUAAGGAGUCAUUAAUAAUAGAAAAAAAAUUAUGUUAUAGUAGGUAGGUCCUAAUAAUAAAUGUGAUAGAUGACACUAAUAUAGCCAAUAUAUGUUAGGUAGGUAGUAAUUAAUUAAAAAAUAAUUUUAAUCAUAGUUCCUAAUAAUUUUGCAACAGAAGGCUUUAAAACAUAAGAUUACUAAAAUUAAAAAAUGAUAGAUUCUCUAGCAUCAGCCAUUUGAAUAGCUACUGAUAAAC